AUGGUUGAUCAUACCUUUAGGAGUAGUAUUGAUGCUCAACUAGAGCUUGCUUUGAUGGAUGCAGGAAACGCAAGUGUGUUCGAUCCCAUCAACACCACGUCUUAUAAUUUGAACCAGCUUUUGAGACAGCUGAGGGGAGUUCCUCGGGAAACCAGACGGUAUAAUCCGUCAGCAGGUAGCAGCUGGAUGGAGUUGCCUAAACCCAUCAGACACAAGACCAUGGCUCUUGUCAACAUCAAGAAUGAGAAUAAUAAUCGCUGUUUGGAAUGGGCUCUAGUUGCAGCUAUUGAAGAUCAGCUGAAGUUUCCCAAGCAUAACAACCGUACUCGCGUUACUCAUUAUCAGAAGAGCUCCGUGAAGAAUGAAUAUGACCGGUAUCAGCUUCCCUACACCAAUCAGCUUAUCAGUGAGGCAUUCUUUAAUGGAACUGUUAGUGCUGUUAGACACAAUGGUGAACUAUCAGAAUGGUUUGAAGUAAGUUCAGGCAGUGGCCAAGGAGACAUUCAGGGUCCCCCACUUUUUAAUGUCUGCCUCAAUGUGGCUGCUGAGAGAACAGAAAGCAACAAAGUGGUGUCCCACGGAGCGGUUCUUCAAAGAUCUAUCAGCCCGCUUGUUGAUGAUAUCACUGUGUUAGAUACAGAUUAUGCAGAUGACAUGGCUGUACUGGAUAACAGCGAGGAAGGUCUUCAAGAAACAACGGACCUUUUGUGCAUGUAUGGUGCCCAGGGAGGUCUUAGAAUCAAUGGUAAAAAGACUGAGGCUAUGGAUAACACGGGGUACGAUAUAAAGCAGCUGUUUAUAGGCAGUGAAGGGACUCUGGGUGUCAUAACAGACGUGUCACUCCUCCUGCCCCAGACUCCUGUUAGUGUUAACAUGGCUCUCUUCGGGUGCGACUCCUUUGAUGACGUCAUCAAGUGUUACAGAUUAUCAAGACAGUGUCUAGGGGAGAUUGUAUCAGCCUGUGAGUUUAUGGACUCACUGUGUAUGACAUCUGUUAACAAUAUUCUUGGUUUAGCCAGCCCUCUUGAGGAUAGCCACCCUUUCUACUACCUUGUGGAGACUUCAGGAAUGAACCAGGAGCAUGAUAUGGAGAAGUUGGAGACUUGUAUAGAAAGGGUAUUUGAUGCAGGGUGUGCCACUGAUGGUGUUAUGGCUGCAAGUAGGGACCAAGCCAAACAUAUGAUGUCACUCCGAGAGAACAUUGCCCCUGCUCUUAAAGCGGUGGGCUUCAACUACAAGUACGACGUGUCCCUCCCCAUCAAGGAUAUGUAUUCUCUUGUUGAACAGGUGAAACGUGCACUACGUGACGUACCCGGAGCCCAGGUUGGAGCGUACGGACACGUGGCUGACGGAGACCUGCAUUUCAACCCCAUAACUCCGGAAUACGACCCUUAUGCUUUGUCAGUGAUUGAACCGUUUGUGUAUGAAGAGGUGUCCCGACUACGGGGGAGUAUUAGCGCCGAACACGGGAUGGGACUGAAAAAAGCAAACUAUCUGGGGUAUGCCAAAGACCCUGGCAUGAUAUCUAUGAUGAAGACACUGAAGAAUGUGUUCGAUCCUAAUGGGAUCAUGAACCCUUACAAGCUGUUACCUUGGGGAUGAUGAUUAAUCACUCUACACUCGACUGUGACGUGACUUCUUCAACCCGUUCUCUAGCUGGCCCUGAACGACUAUUCAAAACCCUAACCCUCUAAUCUGAUCCCAACCCUAACCCUAACCCAAUCCUUAACAAAAGCAUAUGCUGAAACCCUAACCCUAACGAGAAAUUAUACUAACUUCCUUAGACGGUCAUAUCACGUGAUCGAGACAGUUUUUCGCCAAUAUCUCGCCAGGGGAGCAUUUUAACCCUAGUAUGUCAUGUGGGAUGAUUCGGAAUCAGCGUCCGAAAACUAUUCGAGUUGGUUUCAACUGUCGGGGGCACUUUUAGAACAAUCUCAAAGAUCGACUCGUUACCUUGGAAGGAAUGCAGAUUAUAGUUGCUGUUCACAUUGUAACAUGCGUGACCUCAGGUGAAAUGUGAAUCCAUGAACUAGACUAGAGCAUUGCUUAUUCGAAUAACCAGCAAUGAACUGCAAUUAUCUAAUUAUGAAAUCUUCCUGAGCUCAAGUCUCAGCCUACUGUUUUUAUGAUGUUUUGUUACAUUAGAGAUUUAUAAAGUAUUUACUGAAAUUAAAAAUGAGGGCGUUUUCAGUCUUCCGUAUUCAAAUUUCAAACAUUCCGUUAUUCAAGCAUUGAUUGUUUGUUUUUUAUCUUCUAUAGGUUUUGUAGCUUUGGUUUUACUAAUUCACUAUGUUUUACUAAUUCACUAAUGUGUGUUUUAUGAAUUAUAUUGAUUUUUAAAUUGAUGUUCAUUAUUCAGUUUAUACUCAGAUAUUAGAAUUAAAUUUGAUUUUUUAC